AAGAGUAGGUGUGUGAUCUUCUGGCUAACCAGCCUGCUGCUGGGUUCCUUGACUGCACUCGAUUUGCCGGCCGCAGUGGUGAAAAUAAAUAAUAAUGAGCUGUACAUAUCGCUACCAGGGCAGCUUGAAGGCGUCCAGUCUUUACUUUUUCAAGUUGAGGUACAGACAGAUGAAUGUGUGAACAACAGCUACUCGUACAGGUCGCAGAGCCCCUGGCAAGCAAAGAUGUCGCUCCCCAAGAAUAUUGCCAAGAAUGCCUGGCUGAGGGUUCAGACUCUGGUGGAAAGAACAAACAACGUGAUCAGCAGCAUGAGCUCUGUAUACACUGUCGAUAAGGAUGGAAUGGUCCACUUGGAUGUCCCUGGGUCAUCCAACAAAAAAAUUGAUGUCGAGACUCUGCUCUCGAAAUGUAAGCCAGUGGAGGAAAUCAGAGAAGAGUCGGUGACAGAAUCUGGGAAUACGAGAGAGUUUACGAGCGGGGAACUACUCUUCGAGGACAACUUUGAUAAUGGUCAAAGCAUCAAAAAUAAUUGGCUGCAUGAGGUUAAAAUGCGUUACACUGGUGGACAGAAUCAGGAAUAUGUGGCCUUUGUGUCCGAUCCAAAAAAUUCGUAUGUAUCCGACAACAAGCUGCACAUUAAGAUAGCCAUAGCCAAAUACCGUCGUAACACAUACUUUAAACUGAAAAACUGUACAAGCUUAAGCGAGAAGCGCACGGAGGAGUGUGGCCCAAUCGAAGUCUUUGCUUGGCACAACCUUCCCCCUGCGUGGUCUGCCAAGAUACACUCGAACCAGUUCUCCUUCAAAUUCGGAAGAGUGGAGAUAAGGGCCCGAAUGCCCAAAGGCAAUUGGCUAUUUCCAUAUCUGGCUUUGCAGUCGAAGAAGAAUCACUUUGCUGAUAAUUUCGCCGAUCAAAUACGGCUCUACGCUAGGGGUAACAAUUUGCUCCAAGAUAAACAUCAUAAUACUUUUGAUGGUAGAUCGCUGUUCGGAAGUGCUCUCAUCUGGAACACCGAAUCAGAUAGACAGCAUACGGACUAUUGGGUUAUUAAAACGAAUGUCAGCCAUUAUUCUGAAGAUUUUCAUGACUAUACCAUAAUUUGGAAGAGUGAUCAAAUCGCUUUCAAGGUAGAUGGCGAGUUCUUUGGGUCAAUAACCAAUACGGCAAUCCUCUCAAAGUUCAACAAUGAUGAGUGUUAUCUGGUACUGGGCCUUACUGCUGGCGGUGCUAUGAACUUCGACGAUGAGGUUCUGAUGAAGGAACAUAAAAAAGACAAAUUUUCAAAUACCUUUCCACAAGCUGGCAAGCUUAUUAAAGAGAUCUUUAUAAAAGAGAAUUGGCCGCAGCCCACGCUGGUGAUUGACCAUGUUCGCGUUUACGCAAUAGACAAAUAUGGAAACUAAUUGUUUGUUUGUUUGUACAAUGCAUGGAAAUUUAAUACAUUUCUCAAUUAUUGCACCACUUGGCCGGGAGCUGUUUAAAAA